GGACGCGGACGCGGACGGGAGGAGCCGGGCUGCAGGGAAAUGGGGAGUGGGUGAAGGUGAACGGUGGUGGUGCAGGUGUCGGUGCAGGUGCAGGUGCAGGUCCCGUUGCCGAGGUUCGCCGCAGAGAUGCAGUUCUUUGGCCGCCUGGUGGAGACACUGAGCACCGUUACCAACCUCUUCGCCAAUCCUUACCGGGUGCGGGAGGUGCCGUUGUCUGCGUAUGCGCCUCAGCACAGGGUCAUGGACGACGGACAAGUGGUGCUCUACCGAACCACCCAGUCCUGGGACUGCUUGCUCAUCAAUCCAAGCGCACCUCACAACGCUUUGAGGUUGUUCCAGUUGAGCUCUGAGAUAGAGGCAAGAACCGUCUUCGUGCAGUUUGCAGAGAAGAUGAGGCCAUUCUACGAGAUCUCGCCGGAGUCGCUGAAACUCGACACGGUGCAGCAGCUGACUGACUGCUUGCGAAGCCACCCGACCUGGCCCCUGGCCCACGUGGCUGUGGAGAUGGGAAUGAAGGACAGCUUCCGCCACAAUCACAUCAUGCGCUGCAUCAACGACACGGAGAGCGAGGAGGGCAUCACCCCUAUCCACCUGGCCUGCAAGAAGGGCGACGUUGACUGCGUCCGUGAGCUUGUGGAAGGCUGUGGCGUUCGCUUGGACGUGGCGGAUAAGAACAGCGAGACGGUCUAUCACUACGCUGCCAAGCAGUCGAACUGUCAGAUCAUUGAGUUGUUGAGUAAACAGCAUUCUAUCGGAGUGAAUCACUUGAGCAACAAUGGCGAGACGCCACUUCACAUCGCUUGCCGGUUGGGAAAAUCUGAUGUCGCCAAAUCCUUGCUCCUCUGCCAAGCCAGGUGCAACAUUGCUGGAUCACAGGGGUAUCCCAUUCACACGUCCAUGAAGUUCAAUCAGGUUGGCUGUGCCGAGGCGAUUCUUGAAGCCGAUCCGGAGCAGGCCCAUAGUGCAGACACUCAUCAUGGGGGAACUCCUCUUCAUUGGGUCAAAAAAGCCGAGAUGAUUCGGCUGCUGAUGGACCACGGAUGUAGCUUGAACUACCUGAGUAAGACUGGGGAGACGCCCUUGCACAUCAUGGUGAAACGCGAGCGUUUCGAGUGCGCUUUGGCACUGCUGGUGCACGGGGCCGACACAAACGUAAAGGGACAGAAUGGUAAUACUCCUCUUCAUCUUGCCAUGAAGCUUGACAACUUGGAUCUCAUCAAGGCUCUGAUUGUCUUUGGUGCUGAUGUGAAAUCCCCCAAUGACUUUGGAGAGACACCUGGCUUAAUUGCUGCACGGCACAGUAAAGGCAAUAACCGGAAGGUGAUGCUGAACCUACUGUAUAGUAUAGGUGUUGAAUGCUGUUACCCGCCUUCUGAUCCCCCCACUUCGCCAUCUAGACAGCCAGCAAGACCAGCUCCUGUGAGAGGCAACACUGGAUUAGGAUAUGAUGACAUUGUAGGGAUUGCCACUGUGCUGGGGUCUUUAACCAAGGGCUUGGACUUUCCAGAUGCUAAUGGCGACAGAUAUCGAAGAUAUGAUCGCUUGCUGUGCCUGGACGGAGGAGGGAUCCGAGGUCUGGUCCUGAUUCAGCUGCUGAUCGCCAUUGAGCAGGUAGCGGGGCAGCCCAUUCGCGAGCUCUUCGACUGGGUAUCAGGCACCAGUACUGGGGGCAUCCUGGCUCUCGCCAUUGUACACGGAAAACCCAUGCAAUACCUGCGCUGUCUCUACUUCCGUAUGAAAGACAAGGUCUUUAAAGGAUCCAGACCAUUCUCAUCCAUUCCACUCGAGGAGUUUUUAAAGAAGGAAUUUGGGGAGAAUACCAGGAUGACAGAUGUGUUAAAACCCAAAGUGAUGGUGACCGGAACCCUGGCCGACCGGCAUCCUGGCGAGCUUCACCUCUUCCGUAACUACGACCCUCCGGAGUUGCUGCACGACCCGCCCUUCAUGCCCACUGCAGAGUUCCAGCCUCGCACCCAGCCCAAAGACCAGCUGGUGUGGCGAGCUGCUCGUUGUAGUGGUGCAGCCCCAACGUACUUCCGUCCCAUGGGCAGAUUUCUGGAUGGGGGGCUUCUCGCAAAUAACCCAACACUGGAUGCAAUGACUGAAAUACACGAGUAUAAUCAGAACCUGAAGAGAAAGGGCCGAGAAGGUCAGGUGAAGAAACUAGGCAUUGUGGUUUCACUUGGAACGGGGAAACCCCCACAGGUGCCUGUGUCCUCUGUUGAUGUGUUUCGUCCAUCCAACCCUUGGGAGCUGGCCAAGACUGUCUUUGGUGCCCGCGAGCUGGGCAAGAUGGUGGUCGACUGUUGCACUGAUUCUGAUGGCAGAGCUGUGGACCGAGCCAGGGCUUGGUGUGAAAUGGUGGACAUUCUAUACUUCAGGUUGAACUCUCAGCUGAAGACAGACGUGAUGCUGGAUGAGAUUGACGAUGCUAUUUUAGUCAACAUGUUGUGGGACACUCAAAUCUACAUCCACCAGGAGAGGGAGAGAAUCAAAGAACUUGCCCGCCUUCUGUUAAGUGCUUGAUAUUUGGGGAAUGAAGAUCGAUUGUUGACUAACUGACUAAAACGUACUCCCAUUGUGGCUCGAACUGCCAGAAUUCUUUACAUUUAUUUAAUAUUUAUUCUUUUAUUUAACACGCCUGUGAUUACAACAAAAUAAUGGUACCUUGCAGCAUCUUAACCCAAGAAAAACACAGAAUGCCUUCGAGAGUUUGUGCAAGAAGGAACUGCUGACGCUGGUUUAAACCAAAGAUAGGCACAAAAAGCUGGAGUAACUCAGCGGGACGGGCAGCAUGUCUGGAGAGAAGGAAUGGGUGACGUCUCUCCAGAGAUGCUGCCUGUCCCACUGUGUUACUGCAGCUUUUUGUGUCUGCGUUCGAGAGUUUGGUACCUUGCGAAAAUGAAGUCAAGAAGAUGCUGCUAAAUAGUUCUUCUUCUUCUUAUGUGUGCCGUGCACAGCCUCUAACAAAACAUUUGUUUGUGCAUGUCUUGUUGAUUGCGUUAGUCGAAACAGGGUGGACCACGGGAAGGUUGCAAUCUCCCACCCCUGGUCAAUGGAUGCUUGAUGGAAUGCUUCUGGUCAGAGGAAGGCAGAUCUGGCUAAAGAUCCUCACAAGUAUUUAUCAAAUCAGUUGGAAGCCUUUGAGCUUUUGGAGGGAAGAGAAUCCGGGAGCCGUCUGCAGUUGUGUAUCAGAGCUGUCAAUGGUACAUUGUACAUGUCCAACAUCGAAUGUCCGGCACCUCCUUUAAUCCACACUCGAAAUCCCCCCCUGGAAAAUGUGGUGCCGAGGUUGACCUCGUCAGGACUUCCACGGCUGAUCGAUGGGUCAGUUGCCCCUCUGGCCUGGGCUCCGGAACCCUGGCCUGGCUGGAGCCGGCAGACCCAUUCCCACAGCCGACUCCACGGGCCAGUAUCUCCCCCCACCCCCAGCUGGAGAAGCAGAACAUUCUGGUACCUCUCGGAGGCCGGGACCUCUGUUGCCCCAGCAACACGGAUAAUCAGAGAACCAAGGGUGGCGGGAAAUCAGUGGUGGACCCGUCAUUGCAUCAUCGGUCAGUGUGAGUUUUAUAAAAUGUCAGGAUAUAUUAAACAGCAAUGGUAACGCUGCAGAAUGAUCUAAUAUGCCUUGUUAUAUCUCUCUAUUCUCCCCCCCCGUCCUGCUUUGUCCUGCCUCGCCCCCUUCUUCAGCUUUAUUCCACGCCCCCCCCCCCCCUCAAUCAGUCUAAAGGAGGGUCUAGACCCAUAACGCCACCUAACCCUGUUCCCCAGAGAACUAACAACCUUCCUUAUGUUUUGUAAAGUAUCUGAAUGUUUGCCGUUCAUUUUGUCGUGUUCUAUGAAGGCUGCGGAUAAAUGCUGCUUCACUAAGUCUCUGGAAGAGCUACAGACAAACUGUGCCUUUUGGUCAGCAAAGUAUUUCAAUUUAAACCAUGUAAAGAGGGCAGUUAAAGCUGGAAAUACGGCCACUGUCGACUUGUUCAUGAAACAUGUACUAAUAUUGUACGAUGUGAUUUGAUUAAAUAAAUUAACCCAUCUAAAUGGAUUUAAUUCAGUUGGUUGGGCUGGACCAGAAGAAGGGGAA